AUGAAGUCAUUGCAUCUUGGCGAUGGCGGGACACCCGCUUGGACGUCCUUACUCUUGGAAAGGCCUCCCAGCAGCCUUCAACUCUACACCAAAGAGAAGCAGAACGCUAUCGCCCGAUUUACGAAACGAUACCGUUACUUGGACCGAAAUGAAAGCCCUCCCAGGGAAGUCAAGACCCCCCGCCACACUCACGCUGGAUCCACGCGCAGUUGA